AGGCAUACCAAGAGUGUCGUUCGCUUCCGUGUUUGUGCGAUUAGCAGUCUAGACCAGCCGGUGGAUCAGGGAGGUUUGGUGUUUCAUUCAUUCGGAGGAAUUAAUACAAAAUCAGCGAACAUGUCAUAUGAAUUGAAGCAUGUAUUUGCCAGCCUCCCACAAAUGGAACGAGGUGUUGCCAAAGUCCUAGGUGGGGAUCCCAAAGGCAACAACUUCCUCUAUACCAAUGGAAAGAGCGUCAUCAUCAGGAACAUUAAUAACCCUGCCAUAGCUGAUAUCUACACCGAGCACCCUCAUCAGGUUACUGUCGCCAAGUACGCUCCCAGUGGCUUCUACAUUGCUUCUGGAGAUGUGUCUGGUAAGAUCCGUAUCUGGGACACUACCCAGAAGGAACACCUGCUGAAGUAUGAGUACCAGCCUUUCGGGGGGAAAAUCAAGGACAUCGCAUGGACUGAGGACAGCAAAAGGAUUGCUUGUGUAGGAGAGGGACGUGAGAAGUUUGGGGCUGUGUUCCUGUGGGACACUGGCUCCUCUGUGGGAGAGCUCUCGGGCCACUCCAAAGUCAUCAACAGCGUGGACAUCAAGCAGACUCGCCCCUACCGCCUGGUCUCUGGCAGCGAUGACAACUGUGGGGCCUUCUUUGAGGGACCCCCUUUCAAGUUCAAGUUCUCAAUCACAGACCACAGCCGGUUUGUCAACUGCGUGCGUUUCUCUCCAGACGGGAACCGCUUUUGUACGGCUGGCGCUGAUGGUCAGAUCUUCCUGUACGACGGAAAGACGGGCGAGAAGAUUGGCGCUCUGGGCGGAGCCAAGGCCCACGAGGGAGGAGUCUAUGCCGUGAGCUGGAGCCCCGACAGCUCUCAGCUCAUCUCGGCCUCGGGCGACAAGACGGUGAAGCUGUGGGACGUGGGCACCAGCACGGCCCUCACCACCUUCAACAUGGGCGCCGAUGUCAUGGACCAGCAGCUGGGCUGCCUGUGGCAGAAGGACCACCUGCUCAGCGUCUCCCUGUCUGGCUACAUCAACUACCUGGACAAGAGUAACCCCGACCGGCCACUCCGCACCAUCAAGGGUCACAGCAAAUCCAUUCAGUCCUUGACGGUUCACAAAAACGGGGGACGUUCUUACAUCUACUCUGGCAGCCAUGACGGGCACAUCAAUUACUGGGACGCAGAGACUGGGGAGAACAACGACUUCUCAGGGAAGGGUCACAGCAACCUGGUCACCAAGAUGGUGGUGGACAAUACUGACCAGCUGGUGACCUGCAGCAUGGACGACACGGUCCGCUUCACCAGCGUGACCAAAAAAGAAUACAGUGCUUCCAACCUGGUAAAGAUGGACGUCCAACCUAAACAUGUGUCGGUAGCAGCAGGGGGGCUGGCUUUGGCUGUGUGCAUCGGACAGGUGGUGUUUUUGAAGGACAAGAAGAAGGUGUUCACGCUGGACAGUCUGGACUAUGAGCCGGAAGCGGGAGCCAUCCACCCAGGGGGCAGCACUGCGGCAGUGGGCGGGGCAGAUGGAAAGGUCCACUUGUAUUCUGUCCAAGGCAACACUCUGAAGGACGAGGGGAAGAGUGUGGAGGCCAAGGGGCCAGUCACAGACAUGGCCUACUCCAAAGAUGGUGCCUACCUGGCCGUCACUGAUGAGAAGAAGGUUGUCACAGUCUUCACAGUGGCAGACAAUUACUCGGUCAAAAAUGAUUUUUAUGGACACCACGCAAAAGUAGUCACCUUGGCCUGGUCGCCCGACAACGAACACUUUGCCAGCGGUGGGAUGGACAUGAUGGUCUACGUUUGGACAGUGAAUGACGCAGACAAGAGACUGAAGAUCCCAGAUGCCCACAGGUUGCACCAUGUCAGUGGCCUGGCCUGGAUAGAUGAGCACACUCUAGUGACCACCUCCCAUGAUGCCAGCGUCAAGCAGUGGACUCUUAAAUUCUGAUCUGCACAAGACCGGAUCAUUCGGGACAAGGACUACUGUAGACCGCUCUCUCCCUCUUACAUCCUGUAUCUAAUUGAUGGUCUCUUGUCAGCAACCCCUGAAAUUGUCAAUUGUCUAUCAUUGUAGGGAAAAGCUCAUAUUUAAAACAGUCCCAAUGCUGUUUUAUUCUUUGAUGCUUUAAAAUAGUUCACUAAUGCACGAACAAAAAAAAAAAGGACUCAAAUAGCAGCACUUGAUCUCUUGAGCUUUUCUGAACAAGAAAAACAAUUUAAGCUCAACAUUCCAGAGGCAACAGCCUUAUCUCAGUUCAAACUGAAAUGCCUGUGUGUGGUUGGAGGGUCAUUUCAUCUCAACUCAGGGAAUUAAAUGAAAUUCAAUUUAUGAAUUGAAAUAAAAAGUCCUUAUUGAAAAUAAUGGAGGUAUAUUUUAGUUACAUUCCUGAAUGGAGUUGAGAAUGAAUGGCCCUCCGACUGUGCUUGCCUGUUAGUUUAUGUUUUCAGUCGAGGUUGUUACCAUUUGUAUGGGGGUGGGUAUUUAGCAGUUUUUUUUUCUCAUCUUUCUUUGACAACUAAAUUAUGUAGUCAUUCACAAUUUCUAGUUGGAACAGAUGUAGUUGGUAGAGCAAUAAUAGGAACUUUAAACAAAAAAGAAAUUAAUCAUGUAUACAAUCUAAAUGCUGUGUAUUCAAAGAGGCUCCUGUACUGUUGCCGUGUUUUUGUUUUGGCUCACGAUGCUCCCACUUUUUUCUAAGGGUGGAUAUGAUUCAUAAUAUUAAUUACAAUAAAAAUACUUUUUUAUGCA